GGCAACAUUCAAGUAGGUUCUACUUCGUAUACUCGUCUGCUUGUUUUGAAAUUUUCAUUACAUAAAAAUGCUUAAAAUAUUUGAACCAAGUAAUGUUUUAUAUGUCUGUACUUGUGGAGCUGAAAGACCCAUCACAAAAAUUUAUUUUUGUCGUCAUUGCUCUAGUUUAAGAUGCGGGGAAUGUGUUUCUCAUGAGGUUGAUUCUCAUUAUUGCCAAAAUUGUUUGGAAUAUAUGCCAUCGCCAGAAGCGAGACUGAAGAAAAAUAAAUGUUCAAAUUGCUUUGACUGCCCCAGCUGUAUGCAUACACUCUCAACUCGUGCAACAAGUAUUCAAAUUCCAAACCCAGAAGAUGCUUCUAAAACUAUGCCAAAAAAGGUUUAUUAUUUAGUUUGUGGAUUCUGCAGAUGGACAUCUCGUGAUGUUGGAAUUGCAGAUCAAGCAACAGCUAGUGGAGGUUGGCAAGAAGCAGAAAAUCCUCAUAGCAAAAGAAUAUCUCAGCUGAUGGAAUAUUAUCGACUUCUUGCUCAGAAGGAAAAAUUAGAAAGAGAAAGGAAAAAAAUCAAUCAACGUUACAGCUAUUUACAUAUCUCAGAUAAAUAUGGCAUGUCGGCAACAGUAGUUAGGAAAUUAGCUGGUUUACCUCCUACAUUAAGCAAAGGGGAACCUGAAGUAUCUGAGCAGCUGACCUUACCCGAGGCAACAUCAGAUGUUGAACCUCUGCCGGAAAGUUAUUUGACACAACCUUUAAAUUUAUCAUCAGUUACUACUCUGAAACAAAGGCUGUUUCAACCUCAAUUUCAGCCUGUUUAUACUUCUGAAUUAUAUCCACAAAAUAAGUAUAUGCACAUAAAACGGUCUCAACGUUGUAAAGUAUGUGAGCACAAUCUUAGCAAACCAGAGUAUAAUCCAUCAUCAAUUAAAUUCAAAAUACAGUUAGCAGCUUUCUAUCAUAUACCAGAACUGAGGAUUAAAAAUGUGUCAAAAUUAUAUCUUCAAAAGACUUGUCUUGUAGAAAUGGUUUUAAUCAAUCCUACACCUCAUCUAGCUCAUAUUACAUUUGAACCUGUAGAAAAUCCAUCGGAUGAUUUGUCCUCUGUUAAGUUACCUCCUGGUGAAUUAAUUUUAGCUCCUAGAGAUGAUACAGCAGAAUUUGAUGAUGUGAAUGAUAAUCAGAAUUUCAAGGAUGAUCCAAACAUUGUGACUUUUCGAAAAGCAAAUAAAUUGGGCUUUAUGUUUUCACUCGUACCUUCUACCAAAGAUGUUGUUGUGUCUUUUAAAAUGAAGCAUGAUUUUAUAAAUAUGGUAGUUACAUUACCUGGAGAACAACCUAGAGAACCGCAAGUAGUCUGGCUGACUCAUACUCUGAAAAUACGAUUAGGCACAGUUGUUGGAGAAGUGUAAUACCUCUUGUUUCCAGGCAAAAAAAAAACCAAUGAUAUAUAUAUGCUAUUUAUUAUUAUUAUACAUUUUCUGAUAAUUGGAAUUACUGCUAUCUGAUAGCUUUCAUCAAAUUAUUAUAAAUUUGUUUUAAUUAUCAAUCUAAUACAUUUUGUAAAUUCUGACUGGUCUUAAUAUUUUUACUUAAUAUUUUUAUGUGCAAUUUUCGUAGCCUCUCAUUUAUAAUGAACUUUAUAAACAAUCAGCUAUGCAUGACAUAUUGUGAGCAAUGUUAUAAUCAUAAAUAAAGAAGUUGCUUAACAAAAAUAAAAGUGCAUAUUUUAUUUCUGACUUCACAGUAAACAAAUAUACAAGCACAACAUGUCACAAAUCUUUAACAAAGAUAAAUUUGGCCGAGUCUUCCAGGAGGUCAAUUUAAAUGCUCAAAGUGUUCUUAAAUAACUAGACUAUAUAACUGCAGCUUUAUACGCAGAUUUUAUUACAUUCAUAAAAGACAAAACAAUAUAAAAAUUAAGGACUGAUAAAAACAAUUAAUGAAAUUUCUUUAAGCACUGCUAUAGAAUCAAAGUCUUGGGGACUUCCCAGGGGAAUUCUUGUCUUCCAAAAUGACCA